CUGCUUUCCUCUGCUCCCCGCCACUUUCACCACGACGCCGGCCACAUCAAGCAGGACGCCAAGAUGACCGCGUUCCUCGAUCUUCCUAACGAGCUUCUGAUGCAAAUCAUCAGCCUCUUAUGUCCUCACUGCGUCGUCGUAUCGCAAAACCUGGGAGGAUGCACCUGUAACGAUGACCGCCCCAAAGGUGCCAGUCGCCUCUCCGAGUCAGACCUGCAUCGCCAAGCCCUCUCAAGGCUAUCGAGGACAUGCCACACUCUCCGGAACAUCGCACAGCCCAUGCUAUAUCACAGCCCGAAACCCAUCAUCGGCUCUGAACUCUUCCUCGCCCGCACUCUCGCCUCCAAUCGUGAGCUCGCUCAAGCCGUUAAGGAGCUGCACCUCGGAAAAUGGAGCGUCAACGAAAAGGACGUUACGCCGGAACUACAAGAUCUUUUCAACGGCAUAAUCGACCGCGUUGGGAUUCCCGCCCAACUGCUAAGCGAUUUGGAUAAUGACUGGCCGCGAGAUUGGCUCACGGGGCCGGACGGUGGCAAGAGAGAUCCCUACGUGGGCUACAUACCGGAUGCCACCAAACCAGGAGGAGGGAAGAACUUCUUCGACAGACGUGUCCGUGUCGUCGACGCGCUGAUCGUCACUCUCGUGCCCAACGUCGAGCACAUCCACGUCGAGCCCCUAUUCGCCCCCCACUUUCCGUUCUCCGCGCCAGGAUCCCUCCCACGUCUGACGGACCUCACGCUGCAGACGACGCAGGCGAGCGAGGGCAACAGCAUCGACUGCGUCAAGGGCAUCAUGGACGCCGCCCCGGCCCUGGAACGGUUCAGAGGAGUCGGCGUCAACGGGAUGACCACGUCCGUGACGCACCCGGCCUUGAAGAGUCUUGAUCUGAGUCAGAGCAUCCUGGGUGCGACACACAUCAAUGCCAUCAUGACCGGCUUCCCGAAGCUGGAAGUGUUCGGGUACGAGGUUGAUCACAACGUGACCGUCGCGGGUCCGAACGAUAUAGACGCCAACCCGCAGGAGAUUGGGGAGGCGCUUCUGCUCCGCAAGGACACGCUCAAGGACGUGGAUCUCGACCUUGCGCGUUCGUCAAUGUACCGGAUUGAUCAAGACACAAUCGCAUCUCAUAGUACGAUGCGCAGCCUGAAGGAGAUGGAGGUGCUGGAGGAGCUCGCCAUAGGCUACGACGCCAUCCUCGUGCCGAGAACCUGGGACGAUGGAGAGGAGGAAGGCCACGAGGAUGGCGAUGUCGAGGAGGGAACAACGGACGGGGCACUGCACAGGGGAAGAAAGAAGGACUCGCUGGUUGACUUCUUGCCGGUUACUCUCCGCUACCUGAAGCUGUGCGACGAGGAGAGCCAUCUCUUCCAAGAUCUUAUCGAGCUCGCGGGACAAGUACCUGAGAAGUUUCCGAACCUGAAGAAGGUUAGGUUCUGGGGCUAUGACGAAUAUGAACGGAUGGCAUUGAGGGGUUCUUUUCGCAAGGUGGGCGUGAAGUGCUUCCAUGGCGGGUAUUUGUGA